AUGGCGAAGUUUAACAACGGGGGCAACCCCACGGAGGAGGUCUCAGUCAACAGCCGGCCCUUCAAGGUCCCGGGACAAAACUCCCCUUCAGGAGUCCAGGCCAAAAAGAACUUGUUCAACAACCAAGGAAAUGCAAGCCCUCCUGCAGGACUGAGCAACGUGCCCAAAUUUGGAUCCCCCAAGCCACCUGUGGGGGUGAAACCUUCUCCUGAGGAAAAGCCUGACAAGGAGCCCAAGCCCCCAUUUCUAAAGCCAACGGGAGUGAGUCCCAGGUUUGGACCGCAGGCUAACUCGGCCACCAGAGACCCCGAGGUGAAAGCAGGAUUUCUGAAACCUGUAGGCCCCAAGCCCAUCAACUUACCAAAAGAAGACGCCAAACCUGCAUUUCCCUGGCCUCCUGGGACUAAACCUUCACUUCCCAGUGUAAACCAAGACCAUGACUUAAAACCAGGCCCCAAGCCGGGGUCAAUGCCUCCAGCCCUGGAGAGUGAACCAAAACAAGUCUUGUCAAAGUUGGCUGGGGCAAAAGGCAAAUUUCUGUCAGCCUCACAAGAUCUGGACCCCAAGCCCCUCUUCCCCAAGCCUGUCUUUGGUCAAAAGCCACCCCUGAACACAGAGGAUGCCCAGGAAAACGAGAGCCCCACCAAGACUGUGGCUCCACAGAGAGGGCCCCUGGCACCCCCGGCAGCCAAGGCCAAGCCUGGCCCUUUGAAACCAGCCAGGGAAGAGCCAGAGAAUAAAGAGCAUGGGGAUGAGACGUCAGUAUCUCCUUUUCCUGGAGUUGUUCUGAAACCUGCUGCAAACAGAGUGGCCCCCGGAGGCCUCCCCAAAAAUACUGAAGAGAAAAGAGAAGAUAGGAAGAUGGACGCUGCUAAGAAUGUCUUCCUGAGCAAAAUUACUCAGGAAGAGUCGGCCUCUGGGGCUCCUCCUGCCAAGUUCUCGAAGACCCCUUCAAAGCUGACAUCGACAGGGCCCUGGAGCCAAAGUCAAGACAAGGAAAAGGGGGACAAAAAUUCAGCGACCCCCAAGCAGAAACCCCUGCCUUCCUUGUUUACCCUGGGACCCCCUCCACCAAAACCCAGCAGACCACCCCACGUUGACCUGUCGAAAUUCCGAAAAGCCACAUCUGGAAACUGUACCAACAAAGGACCAAUGGCUUUCUCAACAACUGCCCUACCACCACCUCCACCAUCCCAUCCAGCCAGCCAACCACCAUUGCCAGCGUCUCACCCAACACAAUUGCCAGCCCCAAGUCUACCUCCCAGAAACAUUAAACCUCCCUUAGACCUCAAAGGCCCUGUAAAUGAAGAAAAUCAAGAUAGUGUCAUGCACUCUGAUGGUACUGGAAAUCUAGAUGAGGAACAAGAGAGUGAAGGAGAAACAUAUGAAGACAUAGACACAUCCAAAGAAAAAGAGAAGAAAAGGGAAAAGGAGGAAAAGAAGAGAUUAGAGCUGGAGAAAAAAGAACAGAAAGAGAGAGAAAAGAAAGAACAAGAAAUAAAGAAGAAAUUUAAACUAACAGGCCCUAUUCAAGUCAUCCAUCAAGCAAAAGCUUGCUGUGAUGUCAAAGGAGGAAAGAAUGAACUGAGCUUCAAGCAAGGAGAGAAUAUUGAAAUAAUUCGCAUCACAGACAACCCUGAAGGAAAAUGGCUGGGCAGAACAGCCAGGGGGUCAUAUGGCUAUAUUAAAACAACAGCUGUAGAGAUUGACUAUGACUCCUUGAAACGGAAAAAAGGCUGUCUCGGUGCUCUUUCAUCAAGACCUUUUGAAGAUGACCAGGAGGUGUAUGAUGACGUUGCAGAGCAGGAAAAUGUUAGCAGCCACAGUCAGAGUGGAAGUGGAGGGAUAUUCCCACCUCCCCCAGAUGAUGAUAUUUAUGAUGGGAUAGAAGAGGAGGAUGCUGCUGAUGGCUCCACACUACAGGUUGAAGAGAAGAGUAACACCUGGUCCUGGGGGAUUUUGAAGAUUUUAAAGGGAAAAGAUGACAGAAAGAAAAGUAUUCGGGAGAAACCUAAAGACUCUGAGUCAGACAAUGAUGAAGGUUCAUCUUUCCCUUCUCCUCCUAAACAAGUGGACAUGGGAGAUGAAGUUUAUGACGAUGUGGAUGCCUCUGAUUUCCCUCCUCCCCCAAUAGAGAUAAGUCAAGGAGCCAAGACCAAAGCCGAAGAAAAAGACCCUAAGAAGCUAAAAAAGCAAGAAAAAGAAGAAAAAGACUUCAGGAAAAAAUUUAAAUAUGAUGGUGAAAUUAGAGUCCUCUAUUCCACCAAAGUUGCACCAUCCUUAUCUUCUAAAAAGUGGGGCAACAGAGAUCUACAGAUAAAGCCUGGAGAAUCUCUGGAAGUUAUACAAAACACAGACGAUACAAAAGUUCUCUGCAGGAAUGAAGAAGGAAAAUAUGGUUAUGUCCUUCGGAGCUAUUUGGUGGACAAUGAUGGAGAGAUUUAUGAUGAUAUUGCUGAUGGUUGCAUCUAUGACAAUGACUAG